CAGCGCUACCAUCGCUCGGGUCAGGAAGUUCUCCUCAGAAUGUCGCAGCACAGAAGCUGUGUCGGUUCUGUACCGACAGUUUGAGAAGUUCGUCUGGCCGACGGUUCCUCAGCAGGAGGAGAGGAUCAGUCAGAUCAGUCAGCUCGCCGUCCGGCUGCACGGGGUGGAGGAAGGUCAGCGCUACAUCAAGAAGACAGUCAGCAAACACUCAGAGAUGGUGGAGUCCAUCAGGGAGCUGAGCAACAGGCUGAUAGAGCUGGAGGCCAAACUGAAGGUCUGCUGUUUCUGAUCCGAUCUGACUCCAACCUAGAUGGUCUGAAGAGGUUCUGUGGAGCUGUGGCUCCAGAUUGAGCUCACAUCUUCACCCGGAUCAGAACCAAACCCUGUGUUGUUGCUCAGUAGAUGGUGUUUAGAUGCAUCAGUACAUACGAAAUGUAGAAGAACAAGUCCAGAAUAUAAAAGUGAUGUUUUCAGUGAGACUGAUUUUAUUAGCUCCAAACCAUCAGCAGCUCUUAGCAAUAUCUGACUACUGGUAUCUUCUGAGCUGCAUCUGUCUGAAUCUGACCUGAGUUCGUUCAAUGAGAACAGAUUUGUUCUAUUUAUUCUGAUAUGAACCUGUUUGUAGCUGGAGAGUCUGAAGCAUCAGAAAAACGAGGAGGAGAAGAAAGAAGCGCCUGAGAGGAGAGACAGCGAUGAUGAUGAUGAGGAGAUGAAACAGAGUGAUAACCGGAGAACACAGGAGGUCGACAUGUAUGAGCUGAAAGAAACAGGCCACACCCCUGAACUGACCGCUGAGCAUGAUGGGAAGAAAGAUCCUGUGAAGGCUGCAGCCAAUCAGAGGGCUCGGUUCCAGUCAAGCUCCAACAGACGGACGGAGAUCUCAGACAGCAGUGUUCCGCUGCCAUCCUACUGCUCCACCCACACCUUCAGCCUCACCUGCUCCUCAGCUGACGCCAACCGAAGGGUCCACGCCAUUCAAUUACAGCUCCAGGCCACGCCCCCUCCACUUGUGAUUGGUCUGUCAUUCUCUGAAAUCCAGAGGGAGUUCCAGGUGAAAGCAGGACAGCAGGUAGCUUCAUGUGAUCCAAACAUGAUCCAGGAUGCAUCAGGGGCAGGAGGCCCGUUAGAGGCGGAGCUCCAACAACUGGAAGUGAUGACGGAGGAUUCUCUGUCCAGCGACGAGUAUGACUGUCCAUCACCUGAUGACAUCUCCCUGCCGCCGCUGGCAGAGACGCCUGAAUCCAACACCGUCCAAUCAGACAUGGAGGACAGCUUCUGUUUCAGCUCCAACAUCAACCAGAGCAGUCAGCAGGACCAGUCAGAACCAGUCGGUACCGGUUCAGUCCAACAGCACACAGUGAGCAGUCCAACUCCUCCCACCAACCUUCAGAACACUACCAGGUUCAGAUCAGAGUCUGGCUGGGUUCAGACAGUUCCUGGUCCAAACUCCAUGAGCAGUACUCUGUGCAGCAUCCUGAGAACCACAGAGACCAUCACCAUUAACACUCCCCUGAGGGCCCACCUCUCCCAGGGCAGCCCUGAACCAAACACCUCCUCUGGAUCAGUCCAGGAGAGCAGCACUACAGACCAAGACCGUGCUGCUGCUGAAAGGAGUCCUUCUGCCUCUCCAAAGGCUUAUCCCAGUCCACGGGCCGAUCCCACUCCAGAAGUCGAUCCCACUCCACAGGAUGAUCCCACUCCACAGGAUGAUCCCACUCCACAGGAUGAUCCCACUCCACAGGAUGAUCCCACUCCCAGGGCUGAUCCAGACCCAUUCCUUCACAGUGACACCAUCAGCACUGGGACACAGUGGAUCCUCCAUCAGAGUUCCUCCCAAACCAAGAGGGAAACCAGAGCCCAAAGAGAAGGUGUCAGCAGAACCAGUUCAGUGACUCAGCAGACCGUUCAUCCCCACUCCUUCCCUUCAGACACUCAGUUAACCAGGCCUAAGGACAGCAGCUGCUCAUCAAUCCCUUACAGUCCUCCUCAGUCUGACCUGGACGUCCUGAACACGACCUCUACCGUCAUCCAGCAGACAGUUUGCAGUCAGUCCUGCCCAUCAGGUGGUCCGUUCAUUGUCCCACCAAGCAGCAGGCCUCAGGACGGCACAGACCACCCCACUGGCACAGUCAGCAUCAGCAAUGACACAUUUAGCUACCAUCAUACUGUCUCCUCCAUCCAUGAGUCCCUGACCUCUACCUGUACCCAGCAGUGUGAGCAUUUCCUUGGCAUGCCUCCCAGCAGCUUUACCCGGCCAGGUGCUCCUCCUCAGAGCCUGGCUAACCUGCAUGUCCUACCCCUGUCCUCUCCAUCCCAUCUACUAACUCCAGACCAAGACCCAGACAUUUGUCUGCCCAUGGCCAUCAGAGAGGAGAUCCAGCUCACUCCCCAGAUCCAGGGCCCCCCUGUUCCUGCUCCUCCCCAGGCAGAGUCUCUUCCAAAGGGAAAAGCCUCCCGUUCUGGGCCUUCCUGCUUCACCAGGCCCCUAUCCAGAGCCACCGUCAUGGAGGGCUCCCCGGUGACACUGGAGGUGGAGGUGACGGGACACCUGGAGCCCAGGCUCACCUGGUGGGUAGCAUACAACCAGCUCCACAGUACCACACCCACUAAAAGAGAUUAUUAACUCCACAGCUCAGCACCAGGCUCCUUUACACCUGCAUUAACAUGAGCUCUACAACCAGAUCAGUUAACUGCAUUAACCCUCUAAACACAGGUUUGUCGAGGCGUCUCAU